AAAAAAUACAUUACACUCUUCUUAGCAAUAAACUCUGUGUUUCUGCAGAAAAAAAAAAAGAAAAAAAAAAGAAUACGAAUCUGAUACGUUGCCCAGGAGAGAAAAGACGUGAAAAGGAUCCGUUGCAGCCAUGCUGUUCGCUGCUCACCAUCUUGGUUCUCUUCUUGGUGCUCCUUGGGGUACUGGCGGUGUCCGGGCUAGCUUUGUACAUUGGAGGCUCUUCGGUUGGAACCAGCAAAAACCUUGAUGGUAUUCGACGGUAGUAUGAGGCUCCUCGGUGACAAAUUCAGCCCAGCUCUUGCCAACAAGAGCGGAUUGCAGUUCUAUCAGAAAAGUCGUCGCUACCAGACAUUGUUAGAAGCCCUUUAUGGAAAAAGUCGGCUUGGUCCAGCACUUCAUGACAUUUUCAUUACAAGUUUCGCCAACGGAAGCCUUAUCAUAUUUUUUAGAAUAAUUCUCGACAGGAGGAAAAUCCCAAAGCCUGUCAACAGCAUAGAGGAUACUCUGAGGAAUGUCAUUCUUGAAGAGGCCUCAUCAGCGUUGAGCGUUCUCAACACUUUGAAAAUUGAUCCUAAGCAGCUUCAUAUUAAAAGGUACUUACAAGAAAGAGAUCAAGUUCCGAAUCAUAAAGAGGAGACUCAGAACCUGCAAACAGUGCCGAAGAAAAAAUUACGCUUAGAACCGACGUCCACUAAGAGAGAAAAUAUUCCUCCUUUAAGAGUGACUGAAAAUUCUGAAAAAGAAAACACACAAUCAGUAAAAGAAGAAGAAUGGCGCCCAGUAAAUGAUCCAUCGGCAAGUGAGGGAAGAGGAUUCCAGGGAGAGGCAGAAGUGGUCCAGGAGGUACCUAAUCUGCCUAUCGUGGGAGAAUUUCCAGACAUUGUCACGUUACUACCAGUCCGGUCUAACGUUGCUGUCAGACCAGCGUUGAGGCCAAAACCUCCAACACCCUAUGAAGAAGAACCAAAGCUUUCUCUUCAAAGUUAUUUCUCAGAAGAUUUUGUAACAGAAAGUUCAAGAGAGACAUCUCCUCAUGGUACUUCAGUAGAGCCCUUUCUCGGAAGUCCUACGACAUUGAGCCAGAAGCCCAAAAAUCAUAGACGAGCGAAAUCAGUUGACAUCCCUACUUUUCAAAACUUCAGCGCAGGGCUUGAAGCAGAAAUGAAGCUGCUAUUGGAGGAAAUAUUCAUGAACAUGUCCAGCAAAACUUCCGAAGAGCGACAGACUACGCUAUCACCUGUGUCAAUAAAAGAAAUGACCGAGGGUCUCGACAAGCUGGCAAAGCUGAAGGUGUCGCACAAGGCCGUAGCGAACAGUCAUCACAGCAACGUACCAUUUACUUUAAUGACAAAAGUAUUGAGUAAGGCUCCGUCUCAACCGCACCGGCAUGUUAUCAACGCUACCACUGAUCCUCAGCCUGAUGAUUGUGGUGAGAAUGCUAUGCUGUGUAAAUCUGGAGAAUGCAUCCCUCUACAGCUGAGAUGUAACAAGCUGGCCGAUUGUAGGGAUUCCAGUGAUGAGAAGAACUGCACCUGUGCGCAACUUUUAAAGGCUCAGUUACAAGCCACUAAAAUUUGUGAUGGUAUCGAUGAUUGCGCAGAUAGAUCAGAUGAAACUGGUUGUGAUUGGUGUCAAUCUGAUCAUCAUUAUCCAUGUUCAAAUGCAAAGCUAUGUAUCGAUCAAAAAAAGGUUUGCGACGGAGUCCCUCAUUGCCCUCACGGGGAUGAUGAAGUAAAUUGUAUUUCACUUAAAAAUGGUACUUCUGAUGCUUAUAAUGAAAAAGGUCAUCUAAUAUUAAAAAAGAAUGGUGUAUGGGGAAAAUUAUGCCUGCAAAAUUUUGGUAAUAACAUAAACAAUUCCAGCAAAGACUUAGAUUUACAAGAAUUUGGCCAUUCGAUAUGCAAUGCUCUUACGUUUCAGAAAUUAGUAUCAAUUCAUCGUGUAAAAGAAUCAAAUGAAGAGGCAAAUCAUGAAAAAAAUAUUUAUUAUGAAAUAACAUCAGUCACGCACAACUUAUAUCAAACAACAAACAUAAGUGCUAAAUAUGUAUUCGAAGAAACGACAUGUCCAGAAAAGGAAAUAGCUACGAUCGAGUGUAAAAACUUGAGCUGCGGACUGAGAGCUACCAACAAUGCUCUGUUGUUAAGUGAGAGGAAGUCGCGGAUAGUUGGAGGAGGAAAUGCCGGACCUGGUUCCUGGCCGUGGCAGGCUGCGCUUUACAAAGAGGGAGAAUUUCAAUGUGGAGGCACGCUCAUCUCUGACCAGUGGAUCAUCUCAGCAGCACACUGUUUUUAUAGAGCUGAAGACGACUACUGGGUCGCAAGAUUAGGGGUCCUAAGACGCGGAGGGCCUCCAUCUCUGCAUGAGCAGUUGCGGCACGUAGCUAAUAUUCUACUUCACCCGAGCUACCAGGAUCUGGGCUACCUCCACGAUAUCUGCCUUCUUCGACUCCAGUCGCCGCUAACGAUGACAGCACACGUACGCCCGAUUUGCCUUCCUACUACUGAUAUCAGCACUGGCCGCCUCUGUACUGUCAUCGGAUGGGGGCAGCUAUCAGAAGCUGGCAGGUUAUUUCCUGACACUCUACAAGAGGUUGAAAUACCAAUAAUUUCUACAGCAGAAUGCAGGAAACGAACUGGCGGUUUACCACUUUAUCGUCUUACAGAUAAUAUGUUCUGCGCUGGAUUUGAAAGAGGCGGUCGUGAUGCCUGCUUAGGAGAUUCUGGCGGACCCCUAAUGUGCCAGGAAACUGAUGGUCAUUGGAUGCUCCACGGAGUGACAUCAAACGGCUACGGCUGUGCCCGAGCUAACAGACCUGGCGUUUACACUAAAGUCAAAGCAUAUCUCAAAUGGAUCAACGACACGUUACAAAACUCAACGAAUGCUCCAGCAAACGCCACUCAUCGAUGCGCGGGACACAGGUGCCCUUUGGGCGAAUGUCUGCCUCCGGCCAGAGUCUGCAACGGAUACACCGAGUGCAGUGAUUCAAGCGAUGAAGCUCUUUGUUGGUAGACAUUGAGGAACUUUUAAAGUGUAUAUAAUGUACAGUAAUUUAGUUAAUAAAAAGUUGGUAAUGUAUCCAGAAAUACAAAAUAAUUUUUUAAUUAAAAAUUACUGGUCUCAUUAUUUAUUAUUUUUAAAAACUACUUUUAAGUUUAAGUUUUACUAUUUUCACUGUUUUUCCAAAAAAAGGACCAUGUCAACAAAAUACAAUCUAUAAAUGAAAUAAACAGUUAUUAACUAUGAUUAAAUUUUGGCUACUAGAAUUCCUUAAAAUUUCAUUAUAAUAUUAAAAAAACAAUUAAUAUAAUUUUAUUGGCAUGACAAACCUGUUGCAAUGAAACAGAAU